UUUCUUACUUCCUACAUGAUGAGAACAGAGGCCGAGUGCAUUGGCUACAGUGCUGCCUACCUGUGCAAGCUACGUGCGUAUCCUGAGAUUGUAAUAUGAAGAUGAAAUCAUCUCUUUUUUAACCUGGCAAAGAAGUGCGAAAAUGGAAUUGGCCAAUGACCAAAACCAGAAGAUGGAAACAUCAGUGAGCAACUACAACAUAAUUGACUUAAAAGACAUUUCAUUUGAUGCUGAAAUAAGUACAACUGGAAGCAGAAAUAAAGUGUACCGGGCAACCUGGCAAAAGUCGUCAAGAAAACAAAAAGUUGCUGCAAAAUGCUGCCAGCGCUUCCAUGAGGAAGAAGUGUUGAUUCUGGCAAGAAUGAACCAUGACAAUAUUAUCAAGUUCUUGGGAGUUGUGAAGCCCACUUCAGUACUGGAGAAUUACUUCAUCGUAACAGAAUAUGCGGAGGGAGGUUCUUUGUACGAUGUGAUUAGUCAACAUCGUGAAGACUGGCCAGAGUUUAGGCAGAGUCGUUGGAUGAGAUGGGCCCAGGAUGGGGCUAAGGCUCUACAGUACAUUCAUGAAAAGAAGUACCAACAUGGGGAUGUCAAGUCACCUAACUUUCUGGUUACCAGUGAUGAAACACUGAAGAUCUGUGACUUUGGCAUAUCCAGGCAGUGUGACUAUACCAUCAGCACAGUCACAAACAGGGGAUCCUCACCAUGGAUGGCGCCAGAAGCCUUUGGCGAUGUGAUGUAUGAUUCAUCUAGCACAAAAAAACCAUGCAAGGUCACAACAAAAUCAGAUGUUUAUUCCUUUGGUGUUGUGAUGUGGGAACUGAUUUCUGGUGAGGCCCCCUAUUCUAAUAAAAUGCCGAUGCAGAUUCUCACAGCUGUAGUUAUCAACAAAAAACGCUUGGAAAUUCCACAUGAUUGCCCAGAACACCAGCAAAUGAGUGAUCUUCUAAAUAAAUGCUGGCAAGCUGACUACACACAGAGACCAAGUAUCCAAGAAGUCCUUCAAAGCCUCAUUGACAUUGACAAUGGCUGCAAGAAAAUACUGGGGAAGAGAAGACAAGAUACGGAGGAAGAUGAUUCC